CACGGACAGCACACGAACAAAGUCCAGUCGGGCACACUAUCGCAGAGCAGCGAACGAGGAAGGGACUCUCCGCUAGCCAGUGAACCAUUUUUCUGUCGUCAAACGGAUCAAGCUUUUUGUGAGACUUGGAUCGAUCACAAAAAGCGGGAUUCGCUUUUCGCAUAGGAAUUGGCCUGCCGAGGAGCCAGCUGAAGUUCACGCAGCACGUCCGCCCGCAAAACCAGACGUCAAAAUGGAGGAAAUGCAUCAAGCAGCACAGGUUGGGCCUAACAUGAUACCUGGUGUAGGCGGUGUUUCUAAUCAUACAAAUAAUGUCAAUCGCCGCAGUAGAAUGCGAGUGUCUAUACACGCCAUGAUGUUGGAGAAAUUACCUUUACAUGAGGCAGCCCGCAUGGAAAUGAAGGCGAUACCCAGCAAAACACCCGUCUCGGUUCUCCAAGAGUUACUUUCCCGUAGAGGCACAAUACCGAAAUAUGAACUGGUACAAAUUGAAGGCGCUAUUCACGAGCCUACGUUUCGAUAUAGAGUCACCGUUGCCGAUGUCGUUGAUCCAAUUGUUUCAGCAAUGGGGACUGGCAGGUCCAAAAAGGAAGCUAAACACGCAGCUGCGAAAGCUGUGCUGGACAAAUUAAUCGGGGUAAAUACUGAAUCUUCAGAAUCUCCACUCCCAAAUAAUUUACCAGAUUCGCAAAAUUUACAAGAACUGCAAACAUAUGGAGAAGAAAAAGUAGUGAACAAUCCAAUCGGAGCCUUACAAGAAAUGUGUAUGUCUCGUCAUUGGCCACCACCAAAAUAUACAAUGGAAGGUGAAGAAGGUUUACCUCACGAAAGACAAUUCACUAUUGUUUGUUCAAUAUUAAAAUAUCGCGAAGUCGGUCAAGGAAAAAGCAAGAAGGUCGCUAAGAGGCAUGCCGCUCAUAAAAUGUGGCAAGCGUUACACGAUAUGAAUAACCAAGCUCCUACUGUGGACGAAGAUGAGAUUGUGCAAAGAAAUGCAAACGUAAGCGCCCGUUAUGCCGAUCUGAAAGGUAGCAAAAUCUCAACACUGACAACAAUUCAUAGUAUCCAAGUCUCGAAAUUUCACAAGAGUCUCAAGUCGUCCACAGGUGUUAAGCUUUUUCAACUGCAGAAUACUUGUUUCAAUGAUGGCGAUGUAAAUUUGGUACAAUUCUUGCAAGAAAUUGCAUCGGAGCAGCAGUUUGAAGUAACUUAUGUUGAUAUCGAAGAAAAAUCUAUCAGCGGUAAAUUCCAGUGCCUUGUGCAACUGUCUACCCUGCCAGUAGCAGUUUGCUAUGGUUGCGGUGGGACUAGUAAAGAUGCUCAAGCCAGUGCUGCUCAAAAUGCUCUGGAAUAUCUGAAAAUCAUGACCAAGAAGUGAGCCAGCGCUUCGCUCCU